AUGCCACACCAAAAAAGCGUCCUUAUUACCGGGUGCAGCGAUGGAGGCAUUGGCUCAGCCCUUGCCAAAGCCUUUCAAUCCCAUGGGCUUCGAGUUUUUGCUACCGCGCGAACGGUUUCUACCAUGUUAUCGCUCGAACAGCUCCCCGCGGUGGCGCUGCUGUCUCUUGACGUGACUUCAUCCACCAGUAUAGCUGCAGCAGUUGAGGCUGUGAAGCGGGACACGAACGGGACACUUGAUUACCUGGUCAACAAUGCCGCCAUUAACCAGUAUUCACCAGCCCUCGACAUAGACAUUGGUCAAGCAAAGCGGAUGUUCGAUACCAACUACUGGGGUGCCCUGGAGGUCACUCAAAAGUUCGCCCCCUUGUUGAUCGCGAGUAAAGGCACGGUGGUCGGCAUUUCGAGUAUUUCGGCACAUGCAAAUAUUCCGUACUGCAGUGCCUUGGCUGGAUCCAAACGUUCCCUGGAAAUUCUCAUGGAAACGCUGAGAGUAGAGCUGAAGCCGUUUGGCGUUAAUGUCCUGUCUGUCGUGACCGGUGUUGUCCGAAGCAAUGCCCAGAAUUGGAAGCAUUUUGAAGACUGGAAGCUGCCGGAUGAGUCAAUCUACAAGUCUUUGGAGAGCCAGAUCCAUGAACACAUCCAAGAAAAGGACGGUGUCUAUAAUGACGGCGCUGUCAGGGUAGACACCGUGCAGCAUGCCAGGAAACUGGCAGACAAGAUUCUUGCUGGCACAACAGGGACAAUCUGGAUUGGAGGCCAGGCAGGGGCGGUCCGGUUUGCUACCACCUAUCUCCCCCAGUUUGUAUUGGACAAGAUGGUUUCGGCUGGGUAUGGGCUAGAGAAGCUUGCCAAAGGGGCUGCGAAAUAG